AUGUUUGUUGACACUCCUAAUUUGACCUGUGGUGGUUGGAGGUCUGUAUCAGACGUUCCAGGUUACGACUACUCUGUUGGUUCAAACGCUUACGGGGGACCUGGUCCUCUAACCAACGGUGUAACCAUGUGGUUUGAUGAAAUUAUUUUUUAUAACUACAGCGAUCCUGAACGUUCCGGUGGUACUGGACAUUUUACACAGCUUGUUUGGAGAUUCUCCACGGAGGUUAGCUGUGCUGCACAAGAAUAUUCUCCCGGUUUUUAUAUUUUUGUGUGUCAGUGCUUACCUGCUGGUAAUGUACUUGGUCAAUUCUGUGAAAAUGUCGUGCCUCUGAAACCAGCUUAUAAAAGUGUUAAUUUCUCAACGGUUCACUGGUUAACCGGCUCCCAAAGAUGGGCAUCUAUAUCUCUACAUCAAAAAACUCUUACUGCACCUGCAGUUUACAUAACUCCGAAAUCAACUUAUGAACCUGUUUACACAAUAACUAACUGGGCAGAACUCACAGAAUUAUGUCCACCAACAACUACUUCAAGCAACAGUCGUGGUUCUACUAUACAUGCUACUGACAGAUCAACCACCACUUCUAACAAAUCUAUCUCAAGUAACAGUCAUGGUUCUACUAUGAAUACUACUGACAGAUCAACCAUCACUUCUAAGAAAUCUACCUCGAGUAACAGUAAUGGUUCUACUAUCGAUGCUACUGACAGAUCAACCACUACUGCAACAACAUCUACCUCAAGCAACAUUCGUGGUUCUACUAUACAUGCUGCUGACAAAUCAACCACCACUGCAACAACAUCUACUGAUUAUACUAAAUAUGCGUUGACUCCAGAAGAACAGGUUGCUAUUGUUCUCGCACACAAUAAGUUGAGAGCUUUGCAUGUCGAUACUGGUAAUUUGACCUGGUCUAAUACUUUAGCUGUAUAUGCUGAGAAGUAUGCUGCCGUUUAUGAUUGUUCAUCUGGUAGACUUGUGCACUCUCAUGGUCCAUACGGUGAAAACCUUGCCCUGGGAUUUCCUAAUGUAGUCGCUGCUGUGGACGCCUGGUAUAGUGAAAUUGCACAUUAUAAUUACAGCCAUCCUGGCUUUUCCAUGGCAACUGGACAUUUUACACAAGUUGUUUGGAGAUCCACCAAGGAGGUUGGUUGUGCUGUAAAAUAUUGUGGCACCUAUUAUCGUGAUUAUGUUGUUUGUAAAUACGCACCUCCUGGUAAUUAUGAAGGUGAAUUCCCUGAAAAUGUCAUGCCUUUGAAAGUAUCGGUUUCAAGUAGUACUUCCAGUAAACCUAAGUUAUCCUCUACCUCUUAUGCCACUUCGAAGAAAUCUACCUCAAGCAACAGUCAUAGUUCUGUUAUAGAUGCUACUGACAGGUCAACCAUCACUUCAAAGGAAUCUAACUCAAGCAACAGUCGUGGUUCUGCUAUUGGUGCCAGUAGUAAGACACAUGCUGCUGGUGAAACUGCAUCUGCUAAAACAAAUGUUGCUCACUCCGUCACAACCGCUAUUGUUGAGAGCACACGCAUGGUAGAUGUCACUGAAUGUCCAAUUUGCUCACUAUCCACCGCUACCACUUCGUUUUCUUCCCAAAACGGUCAAACUGUCCUACAUGGUGAACCAGUGUUGAGAGUUAGUACAGUUUAUACUACAGACGGUGUUGUUAUCACUACAUACACUCCUUCAUGUUCAGAAAGUGCUAAGACAGGUUCUGUUACAUCUUCUACUGCUACCACUACUGCACAUUCAGAAGUAAGCAUGGAAUCUGCCCAUGCCAAUGUUGUUCCAUCUGUAAGUGUUGCUACUUCUGCUUCCAAUUCUGCGGAAAGUGUUACAGUUGCAAAAUAUGAAGGUUUGGCAGCUAGUUUAACCUCAGAUGUUCUAUUCAGCGCUAUUUUAAUGGCUCUUAUUCAUUUGAUCUAA